AUGGAUAAGUGUGAGAGCAGUGAUGAUAGCUUUUUAGUCAAGAAAAAUCGGAAAAGACGUGUUGUGCUGAAAUCUCCAUCUCCACUUCAUCAGAGUAGGCACAGAUCCUUCACAAAUGGUAAUGAAACAGUGGAUGAUGAAGGGGAAGAUAGUUUUUGUGUUCGUAAGAAGAAGAAAUCUUCUGUGUUGACAUCUCCUUUGAUUUCAAGUCAGAGUGAAGGUGAAGAUGGAGUUAGAAAGAAAGUACAAGACAAUUACAAUGGCAAUCAUAAAACAUUGGGGAAGAAGAAAGAAAGUCAUUCGCAGUUUAAAAAGAUCAGCUUUCUGGUAGAAGACGAUGAUUCUCAGGAGGAUUUUGUCAAAGCAGAUGACAAUAGAUGGAAACGGCCUUUAAGCAACAAAGCAAUGCCAGGAAAUAAGUAUUCAAAACUUCAGCGGAAAUCACGCCAUCUUGUGAAACAGUUAGAUGGACGACAGUUUCUGGAUGAAGAAGCAGAGUUAUCUGGCAGUGAUGAUGGCCAUUCGGAUGAAGAGGUUGAAGAAGCUGACCACUAUGAGCAGAGUUUCAUCAACGACUUGUCGCAAAUUGACCAGACACAAAACGUGGUUGAUAUGAAAGCUGUAUAUCUCCAGUCCGUGGUGAGUCCCGUUGCGAAGCAUCGUGGCUACAAGAUGAAGUACUUGAAUGUCUCAGAUGUGUAUUCAUGUCCUCCCGAGUCUGAUGAAGAUUAUGAACAUGACAGCUUUUGUGUAGAAAGUGCCGAAUCCUCUCUGACUGAAAACACUAUCAUAGAAGAAAGUUCAUUUGAGAAAGAAACUCUAAAGGAGAAAAACAAGAAGAAUAUUGAGAAGAAAAGCAAAACAAGACGUGUUAUCCGUCCUGAAUCUUCAAGUGAAGACGAAGAAAUUUUCAAAGACCCACAAAGUGAACCUGCCAAGAGAAAUGAGCAGAUUUCAAAGUCAGAUUCACAUUCUGUUGUUUCUGAAAGUAAAGAUUGUCAGGAUUCAGGACCUUUGGUGAUUUUUGCUGAUUCCAGAGAAAUUACAGGAGCCCAGGAUAUCAUAUCAGAUCUCCGAAUCCAGCAUAAAUUAAAUGUGGUUGUGACCAAAUUGGAGGCAUGCGACUACAUUGUCAGUUUGCGCACAGCUGUGGAAAGAAAGCACAUGUCUGAUUUUGUCAAUGGUGCUAACAACAAGAAAUUGGUGAAACGCCUCCAAGACAUGUGCGAAUAUUUUGAACGACCUUGUUUGAUUGUUGAAAAGAACCCGCAGAAGGGAUCAGAUAAAAAAAAUGUCCCCAGACCCAUCUUACAGACCAAAUACUUGGAAACUUUGUUAUCCCAACUGAGCCUUAGCCCAAUCAGGUUACUCUUUUCCGACAGUAAAAUUGAGACAUGUGGCUUGUUGGCCAGUUUGUGCUUUCAAGAGAAUGUCAAAGGUAUGGCCAUCUGUAGGAAUCAAACCUUGAGUGAUACAGAACAACAGAAAAUGAAAUUCUUUUUGAGUCUCCCCAAAGUGAAUCAUGCUUUAGCACUGAAUCUGUGCAAGAAUUAUAAGAAUAUCCAAGAAUUUCUUCAAAGUUCCGUCCCGUUGAUUGUUUCCCGUUCCAAGAUGUCAUCCGAACGUGCAGAACAUAUUAGUAAACAUUUUAUUUACCUGGACUUGAGGAAACGUCAGCUUUCAAAAAUGGCAAUGAAGAAUUUAGUGGAGGGGGAGUGUGGUGUGACAAACUCAUUGCUCAAGUUUUCUAGCCACUUCACUCAGGACAAAGGUUUUAAACAGGAUGGCUUUCAUGAUGUCAUUUCUUUUCCUGCACAUAAGGUGGAUAAGCCGAUGGUUUUGCCAAGAGAUGUUGAGUGGGCUGAUGAGUUUUUGCAAGGUCAGAGUAUUCAGGCUGCUCCUGAGACGUUUCACAUGGGGAGUCUUUUGCAAGAGAUGAGGCAGAUUGAAGAAGCAGAACUUUUUCACGAACCACAAACAGCUCCGGCCAUUGCAGAUUUAGCCGUAUCUUCUGAAUGGGAGAAAGAAUUUCUGAAUUCUGAGGUCAAGGAAGAGUGCCAGUUUGGAGACCAGGCAACACACAGGGCUGACAUUGUCCCCAUGAAAUGGGCCGGUGAAUAUUUGGAACCUGCUGAUAAAAAAAUGUGGCUAAAUGAAUUUGAAAAUGAGCUGGAAUCUGGUAAUGCAAAAUUGCAUGAUGAUGUUCAAAGAGCUGCUCAGGAAUUGGUGGAUUCUUUGGCUGACCCUAAAACCAAGAAGAAAGAGUUUAUGAAAUUAAUCUCAGAUGUUGCCAAAAAUGAGCCUGUUGAAAAGGACGGUCAGUCUAUCCUGGAUACAGCUGAUGAAUGGGCCCUUGACUUUGUAUCUGAACAGAGUGCCAAGUCUUUAGUUGACCAAUGGCAGCAGGAAUUUGCUGAAGUGAGUGGGAAUGAAGAAAUUUCUGAAGAAACAUUUUGGAACAAACUCCAAGAACAUUGGGAAGAUGUUGACAGAAAUUCUAACCCUGAUCAUCCUUGGUUGACAGAAUACACAAACAAAGAACUUUAUCAGAAUUAUGAGUUUGCUUCUGAAAAUCCAUUCUUGUCUCAGUUAAAUCCUUUUGAGGCUGGACUGACCAAAUUAAAGGAAGGCGACAUUCCAAACGCUGUCUUAUUAUUUGAAUCGGCCGUACAGAAGGACCCUAAUCAUGUUGAAGCCUGGCAGUAUUUAGGAACCACUCAAGCUGAAAAUGAACGAGAACCUGCUGCUAUUUCAGCACUGAAAAAGUGUCUGGAGCUUCAGCCUAAUAAUCUAACAGCUUGGAUGGCAAUUGCUGUGAGUUAUACCAAUGAAUACCAGCAAGCUUUAGCCUGCAAUGCACUUAAGUCUUGGCUGACACACAAUCCUCAAUAUUCCCAUCUGGUCAAAGACUUUGAACAAUCAGAUGCCAGUGCCAAUGUUGGUACAAUUGCCUCCAGGCAUAAAAUGAUGGAAAUCCGUGACCAAUACAUCGCAGCUGCUCGUCUCUCUCCCAACCAAAUAGAUCCUGAUGUUCAGUGUGGUCUAGGUGUCCUCUUUAACUUGAGUGGCGAUCUUGAUAAAGCCAUUGAUUGCUUCACAGCUGCUGUCCAAGUCCGUCCACAGGAUGCCCAACUUUGGAACAAGUUAGGAGCCUCAUUGGCCAACAGCAAUAAAAGUGAGGAAGCAGUUGAAGCCUACCACCAGGCGCUGAAAUUAGCUCCUGGCUUCAUCCCUUUUAUAGUUCUUCCUGACGUCAUUUUUCUCACUCGUCCCGUUCCCUGUAUUUCUCUCUCUCUCAACCCUUUUAUAGUUCUUCCUGACGUCAUUUUUCUCACUUGUCCCGUUCCCUGUAUUUCUCUCAACCCUUUUAUAGUUCUUCCUGACAUCAUUUUUCUGCUCCAAGUGGCUAAUGAUAUUCACUGGGCAUCUCUCUCUCUCAACCCGUUCCGUGUGUGUGUGUCUCUCUCUCUCUCCCCCAACCUGUUCCGUGUGUGUGUCUCUCUCUCUCUCUCUCUCUCUCUCUCAACCCGUUCCGUGUGUAUGUUUCUCUCUUUCUUUCCAUCUCCGUGUGUGUGUCUCUCUCUCACUCUCUUUUCAUCUCCGUGUGUGUGUGUGUCUCUCUCUCUCUCUUUUCAUCUCCGUGUGUGUGUGUCUCUCUCUCUCUCACUCUCAUUCCAUCUUCGUGUGUGUGUGUCUCUCUCUCUCCUCUCAUUCCAUCUUCGUGUGUGUGUUUCUCUCUCUCUCUCAUUCCAUCUUGUGUGUGUGUGUCUCUCUCUCAUAUUCCAUCUCUGUGUGUGUGUGUCUCUCUCUCUCUGUCAUUCCCUCUUCGUGUGUGUGUUUUUCUCUCUCUCUCUCUGUCAUUCCAUCUUCGUGUGUGUGUUUUUCUCUCUCUCUCUGUCAUUCCAUCUUCGUGUGUGUUUUUUCUCUCUCUCUCUGUCAUUCCAGUUCUUCGUGUGUGUUUUUUCUCUCUCUCUCUCUGUCAUUUCCAUCUUGUGUGUGUGUUUUUCUCUCUCUCUCUCUCUGUCAUUUCCAUCUUCGUGUGUGUGUGUUUUUUCUCUCUCUCUCUGUCAUUCCAUCUUCGUGUGUGUUUUUUUCUCUCUCUCUGUCAUUCCAUCUUUGUGUUUUUUCUCUCUCUCUCUCUGUCAUUCCAUCUUCGUGUGUUUUUCUCUCUCUCUCUCUCUCAUUCCAUCUUCGUGUGUGUGUUUUUCUCUCUCUCAUAUUCCAUCAACCGUGUGUGUGUUCUUCUCUCUCUCUCUCUCUCUCUGUCAUUCCAUCUUCGUGUGUGUUUUUUCUCUCUCUCUCUCUGUCAUUCCAUCUUCGUGUGUGUUUUUUUUCUUCUCUCUCUCUCAUUCCAUCUUCGUGUGUGUGUGUUUUCUCUCUCUCUCUCUCUCUCUCUCUGUCAUUCCAUCUUCGUGUGUGUGUUUUUCUCUCUCUCUGUCAUUCCAUCUUCGUAUGUGUUUUUUUCUCUCUCUCUCUGUCAUUCCAUCUUCGUGUGUGUUUUUCUCUCUCUCUCUCUCUCUCUGUCAUUCCAUCUUCGUGUGUGUGUUUUUUCUCUCUCUCUCUCUCUCUCUCUGUCAUUCCAUCUUCGUGUGUGUGUUUUCUCUCUCUCUCUCUCUCUCUCUGUCAUUCCAUCUUCGUGUGUGUGUUUUUCUCUCUCUCUCUCUGUCAUUCCAUCUUCGUGUGUGUGUUUUUCUCUCUCUCUCUCUCUGUCAUUCCAUCUUCGUGUGUGUGUUUUUCUCUCUCUCUCUCUCUCUGUCAUUUCAUCUUCGUGUGUGUGUUUUUCUCUCUCUGUCAUUUCAUCUUCGUGUGUGUGUUUUUCUCUCUCAUUCCAUCUUCGUGUGUUUUUUUCUCUCUCUGUCAUUCCAUCUUCUCUGUGUGUUUUUUCUCUCUUCUCUCUCUGUCAUUCCAUCUUCGUGUGUGUGUUUUUCUCUCUCUCUCUCUCUGUCAUUCCAUCUUCGUGUGUGUGUGUUUUUUCUCUCUCUCUGUCAUUCCAUCUUGUGUGUGUGUUUGUCUCUCUCUCUCUGUCAUUCCAUCUUCUGUGUGUGUGUUUUUCUCUCUCUCUCUCUGUCAUUCCAUCUUCGUGUGUGUGUUUUUCUCUCUCUCUCUCUCUGUCAUUCCAUCUUCGUGUGUGUGUUUCUCUCUCUCUCUGUCAUUCCAUCUUCGUGUGUGUUUCUCUCUCUCUCUCUCAUUCCAUCUUCGUGUGUGUGUUUUCUCUCUCUCUGUCAUUCCAUCUCCGUGUGUGUGUUUUUCUCUCUCUCUCUCUCUCUGUCAUUCCAUCUUCGUGUGUGUGUUUUUUCUCUCUCUCUCUGUCAUUCCAUCUUCGUGUGUGUGUUUUCUCUCUCUCUCUCUCAUUCCAUCUUCGUGUGUGUGUUUUUUUCUCUCUCUCUCUCAUUCCAUCUUCGUGUGUGUGUGUUUUUCUCUCUCUCUCUCUCAUUCCAUCUUCGUGUGUGUGUUUUUCUCUCUCUCUCUGUCAUUCCAUCUUCGUGUGUGUGUUUUUCUCUCUCUCUCUCUGUCAUUCCAUCUUCGUGUGUGUGUUUUCUCUCUCUCUCUCUGUCAUUCCAUCUUCGUAUGUGUGUUUUUUCUCUCUCUCUCUCUCUGUCAUUCCAUCUUCGUGUGUGUGUUUUUCUCUCUCUCUCUCUCUCAUUCCAUCUUCGUGUGUGUGUUUUUCUCUCUCUCUCUCUCUCUCUCUGUCAUUCCAUCUUCGUGUGUGUGUUUUUCUCUCUCUCUCUCUGUCAUUCCAUCUUCGUGUGUGUGUUUUUCUCUCUCUCUCUCUCUGUCAUUCCAUCUUCGUGUGUGUGUUUUUCUCUCUCUGUCAUUCCAUCUUCGUGUGUGUGUUUUUCUCUCUCUGUCAUUCCAUCUUCGUGUGUGUGUUUUUUCUCUCUCUCUCUCUCUGUCAUUCCAUCUUCGUGUGUGUUUUUUCUCUCUCUCUCUCUCUGUCAUUCCAUCUUCGUGUGUGUUUUUUCUCUCUCUCUGUCAUUCCAUCUUCGUGUGUGUGUUUUUCUCUCUCUCUGUCAUUCCAUCUUCGUGUGUGUUUCUCUCUCUCUCUCUCUGUCAUUCCAUCUUCGUGUGUGUGUUUUUGCGUGUCUCUCUCUCAUUCCAUCUCCUGUGCGUGUCUCUCUCCCUCUCUCUGUUUCCUGUAUGUCUCUCCUUUUUUUUCUGAAUAUUCAUUCUGCCGUGGAACAUUUUCUUGUGGCUCUUAACCUUCAGCAAAAAUCCGAGAGUCAAAAUCCAACUUUGAUUACCAGCCCUGGUCAGUCUAUGUCUAAGAAUAUUUGGGGAACGCUUCGGAUGACACUCACCCUCAUGAACCAUUAUAAUCACAAAUAUUACAACACUUGCAUGAAUACAUGUAUGCAAGAUUGUAAAAGAAAACAAAUCUGUAUUUAA